AUGGAGGGUAAGAACAAGCAAAGGUCAAAAGCUCAGAAGCGGGUUCAGGCUGAAGGAGAAGGCAGCAGCUCAAAGGCUGCAGCUUGUUGCUGGCAUUUCCUUUGCCUCUGUGUGUACAUUGCUAUCUACUGGUAUGACAGUAAGAUUGUGAGCGAGUGCCCUGAGCCAGAGAAAUAUUUCGAAGGUAAUGACAAAUUUGGUGGAAGAUGGAAGUACCUGACCUACAUAUCAUGGCAAUUAAUGUUGGCUUAUUUCUUCAUUGCUCUCAUCAAUGACUUCUUUUCUAUUUUCUCUUCGUUCAUCAGUUGGUUGUUCACAUCAAUUAUUUGGCCUCUUGCUUGGGUAGUUACUAUUUUCUUUUGGGUGCUCUAUGCAAUAGAUCGAGAAUCAAUCUAUCCUUCAUUUCUUGACGAGUACCUCCCUCUAAUGAUUAACAUUUGCUGGCAUGUCGUCCUCUUUCCUGUGGUCAUAUUAGAAGUAUGGAUCAUUAAACAUCAGUAUCCAUCAGGUUUUGUAGCUGUCAUGUCGAUGCUCUGCCUUGGAGCAUUAUAUACUAUGUGGACUAUUGUCAUACAUAAUAAAACAGGCAACUGGACGUAUGGUUUUAUGGAAAAUUUCAAUUAUAUUGGAUUUUGUGUAUUUUCACUGGUCUCGUCUUUCAUUGGAAUUGUUUUCUACUAUAUGGGUAGAGCCUUCGCCUUUUGUAGAUGGGGACAAUAA